CCAGGGUUUAUAUACGUCAUUGGGACAAACAAUAGGAGUAUGACCAGAGAUUGCUGCCUCUGACAGCCUGCACAGUGGAGGACGAUUAAGUGCUUUAUCAAACUGGAGUUUGCUGAUUUACAAUAAAAUAACUGUAGGAAUAUCCCUGUUGUCGCACUAUUGAUGACGUGAGGAAUGAGAAAAUAUUCGACAACAUGGAGAAGAAACAUGUGUCAGCUUUUGCAUUGUACCAAAAUGCGCUAUUAGCAUCGACUCCUGAAGUUAAAACAUCAACUGUGAAGGUACUUGGGGUUAAGUUAUUACUACUGGUGUUUGCUCGCUUGCAAUUUCAGAUAGGCUAUGUUUUGUAAAAUGUACUUUACAGUGUCCUGUUUUGUUAGCCGGCACACAUCAACUGUGUUGCCAAACCAACUGAAGUAGCUAGCUAGCAAAUGUAUGUAAUUUGAAGUAGUCUUCUUGCAUAAUUUGCAUGUAAAGUGCAAAUGUGCAUAUAAGUAAGGAUCAUCUGUUUAAUCUGUUAUUGCUAUAUGCAUCUGCUCAAGUGACUGCUGAUUGCCUAAAACCAUUUCAAGGCUGACUGCCUCUGCCUACUGGAUGCUUUUAUAGAUUACAGCAAAGAAGCGGAAGGAAAAUGGUAUCCAGCCCCCCAAAUCCAUCAAAAAGACCAAAAGGAAACAGAUGGGCAAGCAGGUCAUCAAAGCGGCACAGAGAGAGAAGAGUGUGGAGAGACUGGCAGAGGUUAGUUUGGAGCAUCAGCAUAUAGCCUAUGUAAUUGUAUGACUGUGGUUCCCUAGGUUUUUCAGUCAUUGUGAGUGUUUGAGAUAAACUACAUUGUAUUCAGACUAAGCAGAAUCACUGAUCUACAAUCGCUUUGCAUCCCCAAAUAGAUCGCUACUCAUUGUGAUCAAUAUAAGCUAUUCUGUGCCUCGCCUGGUCAAACUGAUCAACUUAAAACACACUGAUUGUCUGGCUGUAUGCAGGAGGUACAGUGCGGAGAGGGACUAGAUGCUCUGCUGAGUGAACUGGCUAAAGUCAGCAACAGCAGGGAGAGAGCAAGCAAACUUUUCCAGUGGCUCAUCCACCCCAUUCCUUCCAAGAGCUUCUUCAGGUAAGGAUGCCUGUGUAGCCUUUCACAGUACAGUAUUGUACUAGAUUGCACAGGGAGAUAUCCUUUGUUAACUAUUGACUUCCUUGAUCUUAGAGAUACAUGGGAAAAGAAGCCAGUUUUGAUCAAACGUCAGAAUCCAGACUAUUAUACGGGACUGUUCUCCACAGCAGAGUUUGAUUGCAUUUUAAGACAGGUAAGGUGUCAUGACUACCUACACAUCUUCUGUGUUUAGUGUCAGUUUUGUUGAUCAGAUAAGGUUUUUGCUAUUGAUAUUUUCAGGAUGAUGUUCAGUAUGGGGUGAACCUGGAUGUCACCAGCUACACAAAUGGCAAAAGAGAGACACACAAUCCUCCAGGGAGGGCGCUCCCAUUCACUGUAUGGGACUUCUAUGAGGUAAAAAGCCAAAUGAAAGUCUCCUGAUUUGUCAAGUUUCAUUUACAAAGUGUGAGCAAGUGUUGGUUAGAUCAUACCAAUAUCUGUGUAACAUGUUCUAGUUAAAGUCCUUAGUACCUCAACAUAAUAUUGAAACCCAACCUGUUAUGUUCCAUGUCAUCCAGAGUGGUUGCUCCCUGCGUAUGCUGAACCCCCAGGCCUUCUCCUCCACUGUGUGGAAUGUGCUGUCCAUCCUCCAGGAGCACUUUGGCAGCAUGGCAGGAGCCAACGUGUGAGUGACCCUCUCUGACAAUCUAUCUGACCAGUGAGAUGCUCUCACACAACAUUGAAAGUUAUUGAACAUGUAUGGGACUGAACAUAAUUUCCUCCUUGGAUGACAAACUAUUAUAUUGUAUUCUUACCACAUGCUGAAUGCUGAUGCACUUCAUGACAUUUCAGUAAAAAUGUAUUUUUUUUGUCCCCAGGUAUCUGACACCUCCAGGAACACAGGGCUUUGCUCCACAUUAUGAUGACAUCGAGGCCUUUGUGGUUCAGCUGGAAGGGAAGAAGCACUGGAGAGUUUACAACCCCAGGUGACUGAGUUAGUCUAAAUCUAGUUUGUCCCAAAAAGGUGAUCAGCACCUAUUGCAUGCAGCAACCCAUUUUGAACAUGAUUCAUGUCAGUACACUCUGCUGAGAAACUAAUAUAUUUUGUGGGAUGUUUUUUCCUGUCACUUUUCAGGUCAGAAAAUGAGGUCUUGCCUGUCGUUUCCAGUCGUAAGUAGUCCUUUGUCCACUAUUGUGCCUAUGAAUAGACAAUCACGACAGAUCACUCACUCCCUUGUACCUCAGCCUCAGUCCUUACAGAUGGCUUGGUAUUCCUCCUCCAGCUAACUUUAGCCAGUCAGAGAUUGGGAAGCCCAUCCUGGAUGUAGUCCUGGAGGCUGGGGAUCUCCUUUACUUCCCCCGAGGUUUCAUCCACCAGGGGGACUGCCUGUCGGAUGCUCACUCCCUCCACAUCACUGUCUCAUCUUACCAGAAGAACAGCUGGGGAAACCUACUGGCAAAGGUUUGUUAUUAACCCGCUUAAUCCUAUGCAUUGCUUGUAUGGGACACUGUCCAGUUCUUUGUCUAAUUUUGUAUCAAUAAAUACAUUUUGUGAUGUAGAUUGGUCAUGGAUUAAUUUACAGAGUUAAAAUAUUGCAGGAUAUAAAAUAUCUAUACAAAAACAUGCCUUUACUUGUAAUUAUAGGCUUGUAUUUUGUAUGAUGCAGAACAUGAUCUCUUUGACAGGUGGUCCCAGCAGCCCUAGAGAUGGCCAUGGAGGAUGAUGUGGACUUCAGACGAGGCCUGCCUGUGGAUUACCUGACUUACAUGGGGGUACAGAACUCUGACAAGGUACUUCAGACACCACCAUUUACCUGUGCCUGGUUUCCAAUGUACAAUGAACCUCUAAGCACCCACUCUCAGCAGGGGUGUGUUCAGAAGGGUGACAUUUUGAAGAUGGAGAUGUAACAGAGCUGACGCCUAUGCCCCAUUGCAAAGAACGUCUGUUCUACACAAUAUAUUUAUAUCUGAACAUAAUGUAACGCUGCACCCUCAAUCUACCUGUGUGCGAAUAGGAGGAUCCACGCAGGGCCCAGUUCCUAUCCAAAAUAGAGGGUCUGAUGAAGAAGCUAUCAACCUUUGCCCCUGUGGAUGCUGCUGUGGAUCAGAAAGCUAGGGACUAUCUCCAUGACUGUCUACCCCCAAUGCUCACCGCAGGUACCAAAUAAGGUUUUACUUGAAAUUGUGAUAGGUGGUUGUUUUACCUACUUUAGUUGAACACUUAUUGUAAGUCACUCUGGAUAAUAGCUGCUAAAUGACUCAAAUGUAAAUAUUUACUCUAAAAUGUCACAUUAAAUUGACUACUGUGACUGCUCCACAUGGCCAGUGUAACUGAUUCUGGUGAUUAUCCACAGAGGAAAGGGCCAGCAGUGUCCAGGGAGCUCCUUCCAGGUGGCAGGAUGGAGAGGCUGUGGACAUGGGUGUGGCCAUCAGGGGCCAGACCAGAGUCAGACUUGUCCGUUCUGGAAUCGCCAGGUAGAUCUCAGCAUGAAAUACAAAAGCAUGGCUCUAAAGGGUUGACAUUUUCAGAAAAGACCCUGGCUCUGUCGUAGCCGGCCGCGACCGGGAGACCCAUGGGGCGGCGCACAAUUGGCCAAGCGUCGUCCAGGUUGGGGGAGGGAAUGGCUGGCAGGGAUGUAGCUCAGUUGGUAGAGCAUGGCGUUUGCAACGCCAGGAUUGUGGGUUCGCUUCCACGGGGGGGGCAGUAUGAAAACUAAAAAAAACUAAUGUAUGCACUCACUAACUGUAAGUCGCUCUGGAUAAGAGCGUCUGCUAAAUGACUAAAAUGUCAAUGUGCCGCCGCAGGUUAUGCAGUGAUGGAGAAGCAGUUUGGCUUUACUACACUGCCGACAACUCCAGAGUCUACCACAAGGAGGAGCCCAAGAGCUUUGAAAUAAAAGCAGAGGUAUGAAUGAUUCGGUCUCUGUAAUUGCCUUGCUAAUAUAGCAGUGAUGUGUGCCUGUCUGAGAUGACGCACUGCAGUGAUAGCCUUUGUUAUGAUGUAACUUUUUCAGCACACAGAUGCCAUGAGUUUCUGAUCCAUGCGUAUCCAAAGUUUGUGACAGUGGGCAGCUUGCCAUGCGAGUUGGCUGAGGACAAGGUGUGUUUCUCAACAUGUUAUGCAACAUUGCUAAAACAUGUAUGCUUUCUUCUGCAUAAAAUCUAACCACUUAUGCAUCUCUGUAGUGCAUGGUCAAGCCUUGAUGAUAUACAGUGAUUGUGUUGGAGUCUGCAAUGCAGUUUUCUUAAAGAUGUAAUUCCCUGCUCUUCCAGGUGUCCUUGGCUGAGCUGCUGUUUGAGAGAGGGCUUAUUCACACUGCAGAACCUCUGCAGCGAUCCUGAAGGGACUCUAAUACAAGUUUCACAAUAGCUAUCUGCUGCGCUAGCAUCAUUCACGUCACACUAUGUGUAGGUAGAAUUGUUAUCUGAUUUUAGGACAGCAGUCAAAUUAAAUGAGUAGUGCAUCAGCAUUGCCCUCUACAACAAACUCGUCUAGACUCUUCAAACUAUAUUGUGCAAUGCUGGCACUCAAAAUUAUCUAAAGUCAUAGAUAUGUAAUAGCCCUUUAACAAUGUUACCCUUUACCUGUUCAGUAAAUAUUGAAUUAAACUCAAUUGCAUAUUGGUGUAAAAGAAUCCUUGUUUUUGUGUGUUGCAAAUGUCCAACUAUGCCUUAUUACAGGGUUCUUCAAUUCCGGUCCUGGAGGGCCGAAACACUUCUGUUUUUUAUUUCUACCUGGUAGUUAAUUGCACUCACCUGGUGUCCCAGGUCUGAAUUAGCCCCCGAUUAGAAGGAGAGGAUGAAAAACAGAGGUGUUUCGGCCCUCCAGGACCAGAAUUGAAGAACCCUGCCUUAUUACUAUAGUUGUGUAUACUUAAAUCACAAAUUAGUGACUAGAGG